AUGGUUAGAAGAAAACGCAACGUCCCCCAGAGGGGCGGUCGGCAACAAGCGAAUUCCACUGGCGGAGAUGAGCCAAACAUAUAUCAAGAGAUGCUGGCUGAAGCUGGAGUUGCUGCGCCGGCCGCAAGCUCACCAGAGAGGCCGCUGAAGAGAAGACGUGAAGGUGUUCCGUCGCAUAAGAAGGCAGCAGAGACAGCAGAGCCGACGCCAGUACCAUUGGCUGCAACUUCAAUUUCCAAAUCUAGUCGGCAAAGUGUCCUCGAUCAAGAGGAUGAAGACGAGGACGAUGAUGCGGAAUUUGAAGACGUUGCUAUUCCUGAACCCACUAUUCAAACAGUUGAACUAGGGUCAGAUGAGGAGGAAGAUGACGAAGACGAAGAUUUGCGUUUUCAGGAUGUCGAUUUAAUGAUGCCCUUAACAGAUGGAGAUUCUGAAUCGCAAGAACCAAGGGAAUUGGAGCUCAAUCUCUCGGCACAAAAAUCUGCAAUGACGUCGAAACAAGCAGCAGAUAGACGAAAGCCCCUCACUAAAGAAGAGAGAGAGCGCCGACUGGAUAUUCACAAAGCUCAUUUGAUAUGUUUGUUAUCUCAUGUGGCGAAGCGGAAUCACUGGUGCAAUGAUUCUCAAGUUCAAGCUCAACUUCGGUCUCACCUGACGGACAAGAUGAUUCAAUAUCUGACUCCCGGAACGAAUCUUUCGCAAUUCGGAAGAACUGAAAGCCUUAAAAAUGGGCUGAAGCAAGUCGCAGAGAUGUGGACGACAAAAUAUGAGAUUACAGAGCAUGGCAUGAGAAGGUCGCUGUGGGCAGAAGAGGUGGACCAUCUUAGUAGCUACGAGCCUCCCAGUGAUAUGGACUCAUGUCUGGAUAAAUCAGAUUUUAGAGAAGCAGCCAAGACUCUCCAAGGCUCGCGGGAUGUUGGAGCUCAGCUUUAUUGUGCUUUACUAAGAAGCGUUGGUGUUCGUGCACGACUUGUAUGUUCGCUGCAACCUCUUUCAUUUGGCUCUGCAGGACCCACACUACCCAAACCGAAAGAGAGCUCCAAGCCGAAGUCAGUGUCCAAAACCAAAGAGAUGUUGUCUCAGGUGGCAAAAUACAGAGAAAUGGCAAACGCUGUCUCACCAGCCGCUUCCGCGGGCCCUUCUACUGCUAGGCGCAGAUUAGGACACCCAAAUGCGUCAGAUUACAAGUUUGAGCCCAAAGCAGCUCCUUCUAGGUCUCGCCAAAUAUUCGAAGCGCCUACGCGAAUACGCGAAUCACCUUAUCCAGUAUACUGGGUGGAAAUACUAGAUGUUGGACACCAAAAAUGGCAGCCCACAGACCCUGUGGUGAUGAAUUCUUUUUGGAAGCCAAAGAUCUUUGAGCCUCCCAUCACGGAUAAAGAGAAUUCCUUGAGCUACGUCAUUGCAUUCAAUGCAGAUGGUACUGCAAAGGAUGUUACUCGACGGUAUGCGAAAGCAUAUACGGCAAAGACGCGAAAGCUGCGCAUAGAAACUGCGUUGGAGGAUGGCAAGGGAUGGUGGAAUAAGGUUAUGAAGAUGUAUCGACCCAAAACUCCUAGCGAUCUAGACCAGAUCGAAGACAACGAGCUAGCCGGAGUCGAGGCGAGAGAACCAAUGCCAAGAAAUGUGCAGGAUUUUAAGGAUCAUCCCGUAUAUGCGUUAGAGCGCCACCUUCGCCGACACGAAGUGCUCGUUCCAGGGGCUGUACCGUCUGGAACGGUUGCAGCUGGAGCCAGGGCGCCCCUGGAAAAGGUCUUCCGUCGAAAGGAUGUACGAAUGGCGAGGAGUGCCGAAAAGUGGUUCCGACUUGGCCGUGAAGUAAAGCCUAUGGAGAUUCCUGCCAAGUGGCUACCCAAACGAGUGCAAAAUAAGAGGUCUAGGUUUGACGACCAAGAGCAAAAUGAAGAUGCAGAUGGCGAUGCGGGGACUCCAAUUUACACAAUGGACCAAACAUAUCUAUACGAGCCAGCGCCGGUACGGAACGGACGCGUUCCUAAAAAUAAGUUUGGAAACAUUGAGGUAUAUGUACCCAGCAUGAUCCCCAAAGGCGGCGUUCAUAUAGCAGACGAAUACGCUAGGCGUGCGGCGUAUGUUUUAGGGAUUGACUGCGCACCAGCGCUUACCGGGUUUGAAUUCAAGGGGCGACAGGGCACGGCUGUGUUAAAAGGAGUUGUCAUUGCAAAAGAGUUUGAAGAGGCUGUCCGUGCCAGCAUCCAGGGCAUGAUCGAUCUGGAGCAAGAGGUGGAAGAAGAGAAGAGACGAUAUGUUGCGCUGAAGGUCUGGAGGCGUUUCCUCAUGGGCCUGAGGAUCCGCGAAAGAAUCUGGAGCGGAGUAGGGGAAGAGGAGAGACAGCAAGCGGAUAGAGAAGCAGAACUAGAAGCAGAGGCAAAGGGCGCAGAAAGUGACGAGACUGACGAGUUUGACAUGGUAGUUGACGAUGGGGACGAUGGCGGAGGAGGUGGAUUUUUGGUUGGCGAUGAUGAUGAUGAUGCUGAAGGGGGCGGUGGAUUUUUGGUUGAAUGA